ACCAGAGCACUUGCCAACCACCUACUGUCCAAACCUAACUUGGGUCGUUUGGGGUAGCGUUACAGCCCUUUACCACUAGCUCUGUCUUGUUGCUGAUUGACGUCAAAUCGGAUUGAAACCCCCAUCCUCUUACAUAACCGUUCUGACGCAUUCAAAGCGACCUCAAACCGUCACCAUAAAAAGUCUCAACUAAGACACGUCGGAAAAUACAAUAGCUUAUUGUGUAUUGAAUCAUUCCACUCCACCCGCCCCCGGUAUCCCGUACCCCACUCCUCUUUUAGCAUUUCCCCACACCAAUGCUAUAUUAUAAAUAUAAAUUAUUGUGUCUCACCCCAUUGUAACGAGCUCGUACUCACACACCGACCUACAUCCUCCCCCCAAUCCCACAUACUCCCACUGUGAGUGAGGUCUCUUGACCUCGCUGUCCGACACGCUCUCCCUAGUUUGGAAUUAUCCCAGGACGUCGCUCGUGACCCGCUUUAGAACGCCUGCCAUAUAUAAGAAACGUUCUUAUUUUCAAACGCAGAUCAGUCUUGAAAUUCUUCCUUGUAGCCUACGUGAGAGUCGUCAUUUUCCAGAUUUUUUUGCCGCGAAAGGUUUUCUUUGCCGAAACGUAGAAGCUCUUUCAACUCUUCUCCCACACGCAGACAGGAUAUUUUGAAAGUUUUCCUUUCGUGUAAGUUCUCAAUUUGUGGAUCAUUCAAAUAAUUAUUGCAAGGAGCACGCAAUGGAUAAGCCUUCGUGUGGCCUGCACUGCUGCGAGUGUGUAAGAAUUAUUUGGCAACUAUAGCAGGGAUCUGCAUUCUCUGGAAAUCUUGCCUCGGACCCUUUUGGUUUUCUGAACAGUUUUGGUUUGUGGCAUGCGCACAUUCUCUUGCAGAAUCGGGGCCCCUGUCAAGCUACAGAACUGUGGUGUCCCAGAGCGUGGUCGAUGGCAUCUUCAAGACCAAGUGUCGGCUUGAUGAAGCUGGUACCACCGAUUUCCUCGUGGUCACCACGAGAAUUAUGAAGAAGUACUGGGAGGCUGUGUGUUUUCUCAUGUUCUCUCACGUGCAUAACUGGUCGGUGCUUGGAGUGGACGUGAGGGACCAGUCGACUAUCAUUGUCCCCCCGGAUCUCACGCAGGUGGAAACCAGCAUAAAAAAUUACCUGAUGUCUUUAGAUGGAAGCGGCAAAGUGGAAAUCAUUCGCAGUCGCAUUAUUCCUUGUGAUAUGUUCAAUGCAGGAUUCCACACUCGACAGGGAGGCAUCUCCCAACUGCCCCCUCUGGCUUCCAUGAACAUGCUCCAUACGAUCAGAAAGCCAGACCCACUAAUUGUCAUCGCGGAGAACCGCAGACGUUUGGCCGUGGCUGCCGACUUUGACCUUGACCUUCUGAAUGUCGCGAGGACGGAACACGGCAAAAAGGUAUGGGUCAUGGGUCGUGACCCAGAGCCACCGCUGAAGUACGAUGGGGUGAUCACAGAUGUCCCAGGAGUCGUGGUAGCCGCUCCAGGGGCAGACUGCUGCGUCAUCUUGCUAGCAGACACCAGAACCGGAGCCUGCGGUGCCGUGCACGCCGGUUGGAUGGGUACUGUAGCAAUGGCAGCUCGCGAGACGCUGAGAGCGAUGGUAGACAACUACGGAACUGAUCCUCGCCACGUACAUGCAGCUAUUGGGCCAAGCGUGGGAGGACAGUGCUUUGACAUGCCAAUCUCUGACGCCCAAGUUAUCACUGACCUUGAUCCAAGUCUCACAUGGCCUUCUGAAAGAAAGGAAGGCUGGGUCCACACCAAUCUCCCAGGGGCUAAUGCAGUUAUCUUGCAGAAUGAAGGAGUGCCAAAGGAAAACAUUGACUUAACCACUGCUCUGUGCACUGCGUGUAAUAAAAACAUGUUCUUUUCCCAUCGCAGAGAUAGUAUUCCAUUUGGCAAUCAAUUGGGAUUUAUUUCUUGUAGGAAAAGGUAGUGGGUAUUUCUUUUUGGAUUUUUGUGCUCUGAAUGAAAGCUUUGGUCAAGAAUAAAGAAAGACUUGGGAAAAGAUUGAGCUGUAAUUGCUACUCCUUGCUCGCUCACCUCUGCCCCCUUACCUCGUCCCUAAUAUCAAGUUAGGAUGCGUCGUAUACCACCUUAUUGUCAGUUUUCUAUUUUGUAAUAUGUGCUGCUUGGACAGUGGGUUCCAUUUUGUCACCACUAGAAUCGGCGAAAAGCUGAUAGUGCUGAUAUUACACCCCCUUAUUGACACAAUAUAUACCUAUUACGAGGCGGCUGCUUCGAUCCAGCAGACAGACGGAGAGACUCGAUUUUAAAAAAACUUUCCCAAACAGGAAUCAAAACCACGUCUUCUGUGUGCGACGUCAAAGCAUCUAUUCACUACAACACAGGUGCCGGCAAUGCUACUGUUGAUACCUUUGAAUGUUUAUUAAUUUACCUCAUAAACUUUUAAAAGUCUCGCAUUAUUCCCAUUCCAAGAGGAAAUCCUAAAUGGUGUAACGUAUCUAACAUAAUACUUGGUCAUCUUACAAUGUUGUGAUCUUUCUAAACUUCAAAAUAGAAGCUACUUACCUACGUUUUUUCUUUAUGGCAAACGUGGAAUUGUUGUUAGUUUGUAACAUGUUUUACAGCUUAAGAUUAAUUCAAAUUUACACUUAUUUUUAUCUCCUUUUCGCAUUCCUAUAAGAUCGCACUAUCUGAUUUGUAUUUGAUGGGUUGACUCUUGGUACUUCUACCUUUGUGAAAAUGAACAAAAACUACCUUGCAAUAAAUCUGUAUUCAGUGACGAAGAUGAUGGGUGAUUGUUUCAAGAGAAGGAAACUGCCUCUGGCCUUUUUGCGUUUUAACAGACUAUCUAAAAGCAGCCUGCAGCCUGCAUAAUAGGGCUUUGCCUGGGCGGUAGAUAUAGAGGAAGUAGAGUUCCUAAGUACUACUUCUCUCCUGUCAGAGUUUGACCCUUGAUAAUGGGUGUGUGUGUUUUACUGAUAGAAAAGAACGCUUCCCACUGGGUAAAAUGUGAAAUGUUAUGUUAAUUACAUAUGUUUUUGAUGUACCGUUGUUGUGAUCAAGGUCCAGCGCUGUUGUGAGGUGAAGCAUAGAGUCCUAUUUGGCAUUUCGUGUGUACUGAAAUAAUCGUGUUAACGUCUAGAAGUGUACAUGAGAAAGAAGAUUACAUUGCUGUGUAUUCCUUAUUCUGUGUUUCAAUCCCUAUGGUUAAAGAAACAUAGAUGUCUGUCUGUCUGUCGAUCUGUCUUCCUGUCUGUCUGUCUGUGUGUCUGCCUGUCUGUAGGUCUGACUGUCAAUUAAUUCUUAUUUGGUUGUUAUCUCGUAGUGCAUGCGAUGUGUUUGGUGAGCUUUCUAUUGUUCGAUGUUUUUCGGGAGAGGGGGUGGGAGGGGGGAUACACUAUGAUGAUCCUUUCCAAGUGCUCAAAGCCUUUUCUAGUCUUUUUAUAAAGCGUUUUUACGCUUCCAUCGAUACAAUUUAGAUGAUUUAGAAGCCUCCCAAUCCGACCAACUCGGGCUGAGAUGGAUACAACAUUCCUGCAGAAAGACCGAGAUACCCGAAAAAAAUUCGCCCCACUGGGGAAUCGAACUCGGGUCCCCUGCGUGCGACAGCGAAGCCUCUAACUGAUGCACCACAGAGUCUAGUUUUUCUAGUCUGGUCUGGAGUAAAUGAUACAAAUGGGCGGGUGAUCAUACCUUUUAACCCACCUAGAAAGAGAGGGCCUUCUAUGCUUUGACUUUUCCCCUCUUUAAACUUUAUAGAAUGAGAAAAAUUCGUGAAUGUGUAUAUAUUAUUAUGUUAUAUAUAUAAAGUUUACACUGACUUACAUUGUUGUAAUAUAAUCAGAAGGUUGAUUUUUAAAUCUGUAUGCCUUGUACAUAGUGUCCUUCUGAAUUAAUCUUGUUAGUUAUCACAUCGUUUCGUACUGAUUUUGAGUGCAGGGUUUAUUUUUUCACGUGUUGUGACAUGCUAUUAAAUAUUAUUUUUGGAAAAUGUAUUCCACAUAAUUAUUCAUGUUGUUCAAGUGCUGGCCACAUUUCCGUUCGAGCGGGUUAGUAAGUACUGGUAGUUUGUGAUGGUAUGAUGAAUAUUUCACAUCAUCUGAAGAUUUACACUUUUUUUGCACCACUUUGCUCAUUGUUUCAACAACGAAUUAGACUUUUACUUCUUUAUCUUUACAUUCCCCAUGAUGCAAUACAAUUUUGCAAAAAUUCUAA